GGCCUAUGUACUUCCGACAGCUGCCUCGCUUUUGAGCAGAUCUGUCUACGUUCUUCAUUUCUCGCACCCUCGGAAGCCUCUACGGAGCUUUCAGAUCAAGAUGGCGCCCUCUUCGGAAUCGUUGUUCCGGUCUCAGGACAUGACAUUGACCCAGCUCUAUGUCGCCAACGAGAUCGGACGCGAGGUUGUCGCUGCUUUAGGCGAACUCGGCAUCAUGCAGUUCCGCGAUCUUAACCCGGAGACGAGUGCUUUCCAAAGGACCUUUACUCAAGCGAUUCGCCGUCUGGACAACAUCGAGCGACAGCUCACCUACUUCCGGGAACAGAUUGAGAAGAACGGAAUCGACAUGCGCUCAAUCUAUGACUUCGAUAAUACCAUGGCAGCACCAUCCGCUCCUGAAAUUGAUGAGCUCGCUGAUCGCAGCCAAAGCUUGGAGCAGCGAAUCAAGAGCUUGAAUGAAAGUUACGAGACAUUGAAGAAAAGGGAGAGCGAGCUUACGGAAUGGAGAUGGGUGUUGAGGGAGGCUGGAGGAUUCUUCGACAGGGCUCGUGGUCAGACCGAGGACAUCCGACAGUCCAUCGACUCUUCCGACGAUGCACCUCUGCUGCGCGAUGUUGAGCAGGCCAAUAGCUCCAACGAAGGAGGGCAACAAAGCUUCAGCGUCAUGAACAUCAGCUUCGUCGCUGGUGUGAUUCCACGCGAGCGUAUGGCUGCGUUCGAGAGGAUCUUGUGGCGUACACUCCGUGGUAAUCUGUACAUGAACCAAGCGGAGAUUCCGGACCCGAUCUUGGACGCCGAGAAGAACGAAGAAGUUCACAAGAGCGUCUUCGUUAUCUUCGCGCACGGCAAGGAGAUCAUUGCCAAGAUCAAGAAGAUUUCGGAGAGCUUGGGCGCGGAUAUCUACCAGGUGGAUGAGAACAGUGACCUUCGCCGGGACCAGAUUCACGAAGUCAACAGCCGCCUUCAGGAUCUUUCGAACGUAUUGGAGAACACCAAGCGCACGCUAGACGCUGAGCUGACCCAGAUCGGACGUUCUCUGGCUGCCUGGAUCAUCAUCACCAAGAAGGAGAAGAGUGUGUACCAAACACUCAAUCGCUUCUCAUACGAUCCUGCCAGGAAGACUCUCGUCGCCGAAGCGUGGUGCCCAACCAGUUCCUUGGGCCUGAUCAAAUCCACUCUGCAAGAUGUCAAUGAUCGUGCUGGACUUUCUAUUCCGACCAUUGUUAACCAAAUUAAGACCUCCAAAACCCCACCAACAUACAACAAGACCAACAAGUUCACACUCGGUUUCCAAACCAUCAUUGACGCCUAUGGUUCUGCCAAAUAUACCGAAGUCAACCCCGGUCUCCCCACGAUCGUUACCUUUCCUUUCCUCUUCGCUGUCAUGUUCGGUGACUUCGGCCACGGUAUCAUCAUGACCCUCGCAGCGGUGGCUAUGAUUUACUUCGAGAAGCCUCUCCAACGUGGCAAACAAGACGAAUUGUUCGGCAUGGCAUUCUACGGCCGCUACAUCAUGCUCAUGAUGGGUAUCUUCUCCAUGUACACUGGAUUGAUUUAUUCCGACGCCUUCUCAAAGGAAAUUCCUCUUGCCGGCAGUAUGUGGGAAUGGGACUUUCCUGAAGGCUACAAAGCUGGGGGCGGUACUGUCAAGGCGAGACGUAUUGAAGGCUACACAUAUCCCUUCGGUCUCGACUGGCGGUGGCACGACACCGACAAUGACCUACUUUUCAGUAACAGCUACAAGAUGAAACUCUCGAUCAUUCUCGGAUGGGCUCACAUGACUUACUCGCUUUGCUUGUCGUAUGUCAACGCGCGCCACUUCAAAUCACCGAUUGAUAUCUGGGGUAACUUCGUGCCUGGAAUGAUCUUCUUCCAAUCGAUUUUUGGAUACCUUGUCUUCGCAAUUGUCUACAAGUGGUGCAUCGACUGGUACCAGGCUGGUGCGGCUCCUCCAAGCUUGUUGAACAUGCUCAUCUACAUGUUCUUGUCACCGGGAACCGUCGCCGAAAGUCUGUACCCUGGACAGGGUGGCGUGCAGGUCGUACUGGUCCUGCUUGCAGUCAUCCAAGUUCCGAUCAUGCUCUUCCUCAAGCCAUUCUACCUUCGAUGGGAGCACAACAAAGCUCGCGCGCAAGGCUACCGAGGCAUCGGUGAGACCACUGCCGUCAGCGCUCUUGACGAUGACAACGAAGCCAAUGGACAUGCCAACGGUGAUGCUGGUCGGCCCAGCUUUGCUGACAGCGACUUGGAUGGUAACGCGAUCAUCACCGAGGAUAUCGGCCACGGCGAGGGUCACGAGGAAUUUGAGUUCAGUGAGGUCAUGAUCCACCAGGUCAUCCACACCAUCGAAUUCUGCCUCAACUGUGUCUCCCACACCGCCUCUUACCUCCGUCUAUGGGCUCUCUCGCUCGCCCACCAGCAGCUCUCCAUCGUUCUCUGGAAGAUGACCCUCGGCAACUCCUUCGCCAUGGAAGGGGGCGUCGGCGUCGUCGCCAUCUUCAUCUUCUUCACCGUCUGGUUCGUCCUGACCAUCGCCGUCCUCGUCGUCAUGGAGGGCACCAGCGCCAUGCUGCACUCCCUGCGUCUCCACUGGGUCGAGGCCAUGAGCAAGCACUUCGUCGGCGAGGGCGUGCCUUUCGAGCCCUUCAGCUUCGAGGUCAUGUUGGAGGAGGAGACGUCGGAUUUGAAGUGAUCGGAGGCAAGUGUGUGCUCGCAUCAUUGAGAUUAGAUAAUUCCGUGUAUCGCGUUGCUGCUCUCACCGUCGUCCCAUGUAUGGCACGAGGGCCCGUGUUUGUUUUGUACUUUGUAUCAUAGAUUCUGCUUUUGACAUUCGCACGAACACCGAAUAGAAGAGAUCAAUGGCACGCGCAGGAUCGGUCCUCCUCGUCCUGCACUUCAUCUCGCCCCCCUCGCAGCUCGAAACACACGCAGU